AUGGAGAAAUCUCUCGUGACCGCAGCCACGGGGGCCUUGGGGCCCGUCAUAGCUAAGCUGGCUGCUCUUCUGGGCAGGGAAUACAAGCUUCGAUGGCGGACUCGGAGGGACAUCAAGUUCAUCAAAUCCAAGCUCAAGUCCGUGCACUCUCUCCUUUGGACGAUAUGUGAGAGUGAGCUUCUUGAUGCGGCAUCCAAGGAGUUGAAGAUGGAGGCUUUGGAUCUUGCCGACGACAUGGAGGACGCUAUUGACGACUUCAUCGUCAGUAUGGAGCGCAGCCGCAGCAGCAAGCCCUUUGUACAGACGAAGGGCAAGGCAAGUCCUUUACAAGAUUUCAAGAAAAGAGUGACUGCUGUGUCGGAGAGGUGCAGCGGCAUGUGGAAGAAGAAGAUCUCCUCUAGCCCCAGCAGGCCGACACCUCGAGCUCGCCCCUUUGUCCGCAAGGAGGCAUCAGAGCUUGUGCCCAUGGACAGACAGAUGGAUGUGCUCAUCCGAGUCCUGGUAGGAACAGAGGAUAGCAUAUUGGUGGAGCCAAAGCUCAAAAUGGCAUCCAUUCUUGGAACGGCUGGUAUGGGCAAAACGACUCUAGCCGACUUAAUAUAUCAGGCGAUUGGAAAUAGGUUCCAGGCCCGGGGUUUUGUGUCAGUCACACCAGGUGGUAACAUCACGGAGGUUCUCGCAAGAAUUCUCGAAGAAGUAGCAGAUGAAAAUUCGGCGCCGUUUCCUGAUACCGAAGCAGCUACAGAACAAGAUCACCUUAUCAACAAAAUAUCUUAUUUCCUCAGAGACAGAAGGUACCUAGUCAUAAUUGAUGAUAUAUGGGAUUGGGGAGAAUGGGAAAUCAUCAACAAAUCUCUUCCAGAGAACAAUCUAGGUAGUAGAAUUAUCACAACAACUCGUGUUAAUUCUAUUGCCGAGAAAUGGCGGUGUUAUUCUAAAACCCGUCUCCACAAAAUGGAUCUUCAAUAUCAAGGACAAAUAUGGGAGUAUGAUACUGAUGUUGAUGUUGGCUCUCGGAUGAUUGCUAUGAAGGCUGAAAUGGAUGGCGAAGGUUUUGACUAUGAGCAUGUUGCAGUGUGCAUGUGUGGUGGGGUGCCAUUACCACUAGUUUGCAUGUUUUCAGUGGUGGCAAUCGAGAGUCCGCAAACUUUUGUAUAA